UGUGAUGAUGGCACUUAGAGGGAUGGAUAUUUUAAUAGAAGAAAAACUUUCGGACAUAAGAAAUAUCGAUUAUAUAGAAAAGGCGAUUGUCACGAAAUUUCAUAUCUUGGUUAAUAUUGAAUCAUCAGGAAAUUUUGAAUUAAAUGAUGCUAUAAGAAGUAUUGAAGUAACGUUGGGAUUUGAACAACGAUACGGAAUCUUAAUUGGACAUAAGACAAAGAUGGCUUGCCAGCUGAAUUUAAAAUAUGGUCUCGCAAGAAAAUGGUUUUUGUUAGCGUAUAAAUGGAUGGCUUCAGGUCAAGUCGAUGGCCAUAAUGCUGCAAUUUUACAAAG